AGAUUAUGGUAAAGUCGGGCGAGGAGUUCCUCAUUCAUUCUCCUCCUGUGUUUACGCGCAGCAGCGGGUAUCCCAGGAAGGGAAAAAAAAAGAUACAGGGGAACACCAUGGAAACAAGUGAUGUAGAAACAAAAACCCAGACCGGAUGUUGAUCGGGAACACAAUGACUACUUUCUAAGGCUAAUGAUUUUGGAUCCCGUUCAUAGUUUCCACUUUUGCGCGCAUCUCUCCGCUCUUCUGUGAACCCACCCACCCACCCGUCUGCUGCGGGGGUCGCCUCUUUUCAUGUGGAGUCCCGCGAUGAGGAUGGAGACGCGGCUGCUGGUUUGGCUCUGCGCCGUCGCUGCCCUGUCGGGGAACCGGAGCCCCGCUGGUGCCGCGGGGAGAAGCUGCGCUGACACCCGGCAGGUGUACUCGGAGAAGGGGUACAGCACCAGCACCGCUCCUGUGACUCAGAUCUCCGGUGAGCACCUGCGACUCUGUCCUCAGGAUUAUACCUGCUGCUCCAGUCAGAUGGAGGAGACACUGUCCCUGCAGAGUGAGAGGGACUUCCUGAAAGCCAUCGAAGACAACAGCCAGUUCCUCUUGACCACCUUCACCCAGAGACACCGCCGCUUUGACGAGUUCUUCAGAGAGCUUAUAGACCUUUCCGAGAAGUCAAUGAACCAGAUGUUUACCAAGACCUACGGCCGGCUCUUCACUCAGAACACACACGUCUUCCAGGAGCUGUUCGUGGAGCUUCGGAGAUAUUAUUCCGGGGGAAGUGUGAGUCUGACAGAAGUUUUCUCAGACUUUUGGUCCGGAGUUGUGGAGCGAGUCUUCUCCUUGGUCAACCCCCAGUAUCAGUUCGGUGACGACUACCUGGAGUGUGUCAGUAAACACGCUGAGCAGCUGCAGCCCUUUGGAGAUGUGCCUCACAAACUUCGAGUGCAGGUGUCCAGAGCGUUCAUAGCUGCCAGAGCUCUAUCUCAGGGCCUGGCUUUUGGUCGGGAUAUUGUGAAUACAGCAACAAAGUUAACAGCGGAUUCAGAGUGUGUGCGUGGCCUUAUGCGUCAGUGGUACUGCCCCCUGUGUCGAGGCUUGCCCUUUCUGCGGCCCUGCCACUCGCUGUGCCUUAACGUGAUGAAGGGCUGCUUAGCCAAUCAGGCUGAACUGGACUCAGAAUGGAACAAUUUCAUAGAUGCUCUCUAUCUGGUUUCUGAGAAGCUGGAGGGGCCGUUUAACUUUGAGCUCGCAGCGGACUCCAUUUCUGUGAAAGUGUCUGAGGCCAUUAUGCACAUGCAGGAGAACAGUGUGAGCAUCUCCAGCAAGGUGUUCCAAGGUUGUGGAAAUCCCCGGCCAGCUCCGGCACGUAACAAACGUUCACCUAGUGAGUCGGGGGGCAACAGGAGACCCUUCCGCACCUACACCCCCGAGGAGAAACCCACCACAGCUGCAGGCACCAACCUGGACCGGCUGGUUACCGAGCUGAAGGAGCGACUGAGGCCCAUGCGAGGCUUCUGGGUGUCCCUCCCACACACCAUCUGCAACGAUGAGAGGAUGGCUGCCGACGUCACUAAUGAGGACCGCUGCUGGAACGGGCAGACCCGGGGGAGGUACCUGCCAGAUGUUACAGGCAACGGGCUCGCCAGCCAAAUAAACAACCCAGAGGUGGAGGUGGACGUUGCCCAUCCAGAUGUGAGGACCAAACAGCUGAUUGUGGAUCUGAGGGUGAUGACCAACAAACUGAGGCACGCUGAACACGGACAGGACAUGAACUUUAUAGACAGUGAGGAGGGCAGUGGCUCAGGCGGUGGAGAUCAGGGUGAAAGGUACAGCGAUGACUGGCCAGGUUACGGCCCGUACUCUCCUCCGUACAACAAACCCCCACGCAACCCCGUCUCCACGCCGGUGAAACCAUCCCGUGGCCGUGAGAGAAACGGCUCCAAAUGGAACAGGAACAACGGCCACGGGCGGGUCCGAUCCUCUGCUCAUCAGCGCACCUUCUCCCUCGUCCCCUUGUUGUCCUUGCAGUUUGUGGUCGUUGCUGCCCCCCGGUGGAGAUAGCUGGUCAUUACAGUCUGGAGGUAAAACAGGGAGGCUUCUGUCAUGCUGCCGUCUUAAGCACAUUCUGAUGAAUUUUUUAAAAAGCCAUUCCAUUUGGGUUUACCAGCGAGAAAAAUAAGACAUAACCGGGCUAAAUUAGCAAUAAUUAAAACCCAUUUUUACUGCACUAAAGAAAUGAAAAUAAAAAUGCUCUCUUUCCAAUCAACAAAAAACAAUCCCCAACUUUGAGGUAAAAAAAAAAAAAAAACACAUAAAGCUAGGUUUUAAGUGCCAUUUGUGAGAUUUUGACCUAAUGGAAUUUGAUACUGAACGGAGUCCUUUUUGCUGAAAAGUUGAAAGAUUUUUUUUUUAUCAUUAUUUUAAUGUCAAGUGAAUUAGCACCUUUUUUUUUUGAGUGUUUGGAACUAGUCUGUGAAGUAGAGAUUAGUGGUUCCACUUUUUACUGUUUCAGCAAAAAAGUUGAAGGACAUCUGUUUGCUACUUCUCUUCCUUUUACUAGUUUGACCUUAAGCCUAUUAAUGAUUUUAUUUAUUUUUUUCUCGACUGACAGAGGGCUUUAAUUUACAUGUUCACCUAGAUUCUAGACAUAAAAACAAACAUGUGACUCAUUAAACCAAACAAGAUGCUGAGUUUGAAUGUAAAGUAUUACACUUUAUUUUAUUUAUUUGUAAAAUAUUCUGUUGAUGUACAUGAGUUUGAGGGGAAUGGCUGUGUGUUUUUAUUUUUUUGUAAAAUAGGUGUGCGGAAAAAUAGAGAAAAGUCAAAGUUCAUUCAUCAUCAUGAUCUCAGAAUAUAGUUAAAGUCUUCUCCAAAUUGAGAUUAAGAACGCCAAGUUUUUCAGACUUUUUAAGAAGCACUGCUUUCAGGUUCCAGCUCUGAUGGGUUUCUAAUUGUAAUGUUUAUAUCCCUCUUCUAAAAGUAACAACGGAUGCUCGCAAUAGUGAGCUCUAAAGUAACUUGAUUUAUUAGAAAAAAAAAACCAAACGAUUGGUUUCAAAGAAAACUAGCUCAAAUGGUGUUCAGAACGGCUCGGUUUGACACUGUGGACAAAAAGCUUCACCUAUGGGAUGUCAUUGAAGCAUACUUUUCUGAUAGUGUUGCAUUGGUUGGCUGUCAAAGGGUUGCAAAAAUUACAUACAAGCCUUAAGUCAUUACAUGUAAUGGAUGUGCAUGUGCUAAACUAUUUCUCAGCAAGGAAAGUUGUAAGUGUGGUUCAUUAUAUUCUUUACUAACUAAAACAUAGGAUACUGCUGCAAACAAAUCCUGAUUGUUCCUUCAUUUUUGGAUUUUAUCUUGAGGUAAAGACGCUAAACUAGCUGUUGGCUCAUUUGAGGACUCAAGAAUAUUUCCCAUAAUGACAACCCAAACAAAGACACUGAAAGUCUGUUGAUGAAAAGAAAAGAGCAGAGGCACUGAGGAUUUAAAAGAAUGUAUAAAUGCUGCAAAUGGACACUUCUGUUAAUGAACUGAAAAAUCAGAUUUUAACAGGAAAAUAAAGUGCUCCUUAUAAAACAAAUUCAUUUCCUCUCACUAAUACCAGCAGGUCAGAAGUGAAUGUCAGUUUGUAAUAAAAGCCUUCCAGUAGAAGCGGGGUCUCAUGUACAUUGCUUCACCACACACAGUAUUAAAUUACAGAACAAACAAACAAAAGUGUUUUAAUGAUGUGCUUUUGAUGAUCAGCAGCCAGAUAAGUGAGUGGCAGCAUCCGUUUGUAUAUGUUAAACAUUCCUGUCGAGGUUAAAGUACAGCACAACUUUUUCCAUGUUGUAACUGUUUUGUUUAAGUUUUUUGUUAUCAAACCAGUGAUAUUUUCAGCUUCAAUAAAAACCUGAAGGAAAA